GGGAACCAGCCGCCCGCUUCUUUUCUCGGUCUAAAAACAUUGUAAUACCGGCUGGGCCAAAGCUGAACACCGAAGCCGACGCGGGUAUCACGCGACUGCGUCGCUUCGACGAUAUUCAAAUUUUUUAAAAACUUUUUUUUUUUUUUUGCUUUUAUUAUCCGCGACACGUUCCCUGGUGUUUUUUCAUUUUUAUAAUUUUCUCCGUAUCCCCUUGACGAUAUCUCGACGAGAAUUACCGCGCGCGUACACGUCGAGAUAUACUUCGAAGAAGGAUCUUACAGUUCUGAGUUCGUUGAAUUUUCGAAUUCGCUCGAUUGGCAGCAAAUUUUUGAACGAAAAAGAUUCAACGAAUGAAAAUCGAAAACUUGUGCAGUAUCAGUGUAGACGUAUAUCACAAACGAAAGAAAAAAAACUGUCAUCGAUCACGGUAAAAUCAAUUGAUGGAAAACAGACUAGCAAAAGUAAUGCGUACAGUGAUGUGAAAAUUGUAAAUUGUGGUGAUGAAAAAUAAAAAAAUCUAAAAGGCAAAAAAGACGUAAUGAAGAAAAACUGUGUUGAGUGAAGAAGUCCCAUUAGUUCUCGUCAUUCCGCAUCGGUUUCUCCAACGAUAAGACAAAAUAAAAAACAAACAGGACGAGAAUAAAAAAAUUUACAUUGGCGAUGCAACCGUUCUCGAGCGGUACGAUGUCGACGGAGAAUCCAACGAGUCUGCCAGCCGAUCACCAGGCAACGUCACCCGCCCCCAGAAACCUGACCUUCUCGAUAGCGAAGAUCAUGGAACCGGACAAAAAAUUAACGACCAGCGAAGCGCCCCACCCGCAGCCCCUGCCCCCCUCGUCGUCCGGCCUACCGUCGCUCAGUUCGUACUCGGCGCACUUGGAAUCCGCGUUUAAAAAAUACGUGCCGACCCUGAGGCACCAAAAUCUACUGCAGCAUUACCCCCUCCUCUAUUACCACCCCAGUCCGCUGCUGAGGGCGUUCCCAACGUCCUCCUCGUCCGGAGCGACGAGCGGCACUUCGCCGUCGACGGCGUCGAUCAGGAGCCAAACGCCACCGCCGGCGAUAUCGAUGAGCACCGACGGUUCGACGAGGAUAACGACGACGUCGUCGGCCUCCUCGUCGCCGGAGGACGUAAGGAAGAAACUGUCGUCGCCGGUGCAAGCGGGGCAACGCGACGGCGUCGGCGGUACCGGCGGCAAGCAGAAGACCUUCACGUGCCCGGAGUGCGGCAAGGUGUUCAACGCCCAUUACAAUCUGACGAGACACAUGCCGGUGCACACGGGGGCGCGACCUUUCGUCUGCAAGAUAUGCGGCAAGGGUUUUCGACAGGCGAGCACGCUGUGCCGGCACAAGAUAAUCCACACCGCGGAGAAACCCCACAAAUGUCAGACGUGCGGCAAGGCGUUCAACAGGAGUUCGACGUUGAACACCCACACGCGGAUACACGCCAACUACAAGCCGUUCAUAUGCGAAUUUUGCGGCAAGGGUUUUCACCAGAAGGGCAAUUACAAGAAUCACAAAUUGACGCACAGCGGUGAAAAGGCGUACAAAUGCACCAUAUGCAACAAAGCCUUUCACCAGAUCUACAAUUUGACCUUUCAUAUGCACACGCACAACGACAAGAAGCCGUUCUCCUGCAAGAUAUGCGGCAAGGGAUUCUGUCGAAACUUCGAUCUGAAGAAGCACAUGCGAAAAUUGCACGAGACCGGAUCGCCGGUGCUCAACGGCGCCGGGGGUUUGGGGGGUGUCGUCGGCGGGGGCGGCGGCGGAGUCGGCGGGGGUGCCGACGGAAUCGGCUCCGUACCGCCUCAGAAUCAACAGUCGACCUUUUCCCAAAUUCACCACGGUCCCGUCGGUCACAAUUACGUCAAUCCGUUUCUACUACCCCCACCCGGCACCACCACUUAUCAUUUGAACAAAAUGUUGUGACCCAAUCAAAACGCGUUCUGCGCGCGUAAAACCAACUGUCCACUGAUCAUCGGCGCGACAUCGUGCUAUCAUCAAAAUCACAUCGGACAAUUAGCCCAACUGUCGAAGUGACGACAUUUUAAUAACGAUAACAAUAACAAUAAUAACAACAACAACAACAAAAUCGACGCUCAUUCAUAUCACGAUACGCGAAUCUACAACGAAUAAUAAUCCAUGAUAUAUCGACCGAUUUAAAUGUCGCUGUAAUAUUUUCCAUUGGACGUUACGUUCGUUUGAUUUUCUCUCUUUUUUUUUUUCUCUCAUUUUUUCAAACACGAAAAUGAUUAUUGUUACUGUUGUUAUUGUCAUUAUCACGAUUGAAUUUACCAAAUAUUAUCGACCAAAGAUGUAUCUAUAUAUAUAUAUAUAAAUAAAUAAAUAAA